AUGCGUACGGAAAGAGAUCUCUACAGCCUAAGUCGAAGGCGACCGGACAAACUACCCUACAGAGCGUCCGUACUCUCCAUCGCAAGCCUGCACACCGAGACUCUCAACAUCUGGUCGCAUCUACUCGGCGCGCUCUGGUUCGGCACCAGCAUAGUGCGCUUCGCCGUUGUUCACCAGGGUCCGCUCACCCGUGAUGCUGUAGGUGUUUCGUUGUACCUCGUGGCUACGGCUCUGUGCUUCGCGAGCUCGACCCUCUACCACGUCUUCGCCGAUCAUGUUCACGCCUGGUUCUGGCUGCGCAUCGACCACGUGGGCAUCGUCUGCGCGAUCUGGGCCACUUCAGUCUCUUUUACGCUGGCCUCGCUUGAGUGCCGACAGGGCGAGCGAUGGACGUAUACAGCCCUCGUCACCGCCGCUGCUGGGCUGUCUCUUUUUCUACUCGCCCGCGUUCAAGAGCACGACGCGAGAUCUCGGAAAGACCGGCUCAGCGCGCACGUGGCUUUUGGAGCGGUCGCAGCCAUACCCGGGCUGCGCUGUUGGUACCUCCACGCUCAAGGGCAACGCGUCGAGCUGCUGGAAGAGUUCUGGAGCCUCGUCAUUGGGAACGGCGUCGGAGGCGGCAUCUAUGCAACUCACCUUCUCGACAAAGCUAUCGGUAGGGACCUCGGCUUGCCAGAUAUCAGCCACCACGUCAUGCACAUCAUAGCGGUCGCCGGAGCCUGGAUGUACCAGCAAGGACUCUUGGCUGUCUACGAGGCUCGCAUAGCUGCCAAUAGACCAUGGUUGUGUCUGUGA